AUGACUACUGAAGUGGGCUCCACGUCUGAAGUGAAGAAGGAAUACCAGUUAGUAGCAGAUGCAACCAAGGAGAAACUGAAAGAAGUAGCAGAAAAUCAGCAGAAUCAGUCUCCUGAGCCAGAGGAGGAAAAAGGUUCCCAGUCAUAUCCUCCAGCUGAAAGCCAAAGUAGUCCACGCCGCCAGAAGAAAGAGAGAGAGCCAUCUGAGAGCAGGGGGAUUUCUCGAUUCAUACCCCCGUAGCUUAAGAAACAAAAGUCCUAUAACUUAGUAGUGGCCAAAGAUGACGGAGAUAAAAAAGAGCCUACCCAAGCUGUUGUGGAAGAGCAGAUUUUAGAUAAGGAGGAAUCUCUUCCUGAAGAAGAAAGGCAGGCCAAGGGUGAUGCUGAAGAAACAGCUCGGAGAAAACAACAGGAGAAUAAGGUCGACGUCAAGGAAGAGAAACCUCUGCCUAUUGCAGAAGUAAGUAAGGAGAGAGAAGAGGAGAGGGUAAAGGAGAUACAAGAGGACAAAUUGGAUGAAGCAGCAAAAAGGGAGACCAAGGAAGUGCAGACCAAUGAGCUAAAAGCAGAGAAGGCCUCUCAGAAAGCCAGCAAGACCAAAACUGUCCAGGGCAAAGUGACCCUCCUAGAUGGCACCGAGUACAGCUGUGACCUAGAGAAACGUGCUAAGGGGCAAGUGUUAUUUGACAAAGUGUGUGAACAUCUCAAUCUCCUGGAGAAGGACUAUUUUGGACUUGUGUUUCAGGAGAACCCUGAGCAGAAAAACUGGCUAGAUCCCACAAAAGAAAUAAAGAGACAGCUGCAAAAUCUUCCUUGGCUGUUCAGCUUUAAUGUGAAGUUUUAUCCUCCUGAUCCUUCUCAACUGACUGAAGAUAUCACUAGAUACUUCUUGUGCCUUCGGCUCCAGCAGGACAUUGCCUCAGGCCGCCUGCCCUGCUCUUUUGUGACUCAUGCCCUCCUGGGAUCUUACACACUGCAGGCCGAACUUGGGGAGUAUGACCCAGAAGAGCAUGGCAGUCAUGACCUCAGAGACUUCCAGUUUGCCCCCACACAGACAAAGGAGCUGGAAGAGAAGGUGGCAGAGCUGCAUGAGACCCACAGGGGUUUAUCUCCAGCACAAGCUGAUUCUCAGUUCUUAGAAAACGCCAAGAGGCUUUCCAUGUACGGCGUUGACCUGCAUCAUGCCAAGGACUCAGAAGGUGUGGACAUCAAGCUGGGCGUGUGCACUAACGGGCUCCUCAUCUACAAAGACAGGCUGAGAAUCAAUCGUUUUGCUUGGCUGAAAAUCCUGAAAAUCUCCUAUAAGCACAGUAACUUCUACAUUAUUAGACCAGCAGAGUUGGAACAGUUUGAGAGCACCAUUGGCUUUAAACUGCCAAACCAAUGGGCAGCGAAAAGGCUAUGGAAAGUGUGCGUGGAACAUCAUACUUUCUACAGGCUUGUGUCUCCAGAGCAGCCACCAAAGGCCAAGUUCCUGACCUUGGGGUCCAAAUUCCGCUAUAGCGGCCGUACCCAAGCGCAGACCCGCCAGGCCAGUACCCUCAUUGACAGGCCGGCGCCACACUUUGAACAUAGUUCUAGUAAACGGAUCUCCAGGAGUCUAGAUGGAGCUCCGAUUGGCGUUGUGGACCAAAGUCUUCUAAAGGAUUUUCCUGGCCCUGCUGGGGAGGUUUCAGCACAUGGCCCUGGAGUUGUGAGCACUGCUGUGGUACAAGAUGGUGAUGGCAGAAGGGACAUGAGAAGCCCAGCUAAAGCCCCACAUGUGCAACUUAUUGAAGGAAAUAGUUCACUUGAGACUCUGAAUGUAGUGGAGGAGAAGAAGCAGGCAGAGGUUGGGAAAGACGAAAGAGUAAUCCCAGAAGAAAUGAACUGUAAAGAGCCGUCCCCUGGGCGUGGUCCUGGGGAGAUGCGGAAGGUGGAGCCGGGGACGCAGAAAGACUCCACCUCCCUGUCUUCUGAGAGCAGCAGCAGCAGCGAGAGUGAGGAGGAGGAGGACGUGGGGGAGUACCGGCCCCACCACCGAGUAACUGAGGGCACCAUCAGGGAGGAGCAGGAGGAGUACGAAGAAGAGGUGGAGGAGGCGCCCAGCCAAGCAGCCAAGGUAACAGAGAGGGAGGACCCCGUGCCAGCAGCCAGCCCAGUCACACAAGCAGGUGCUGGCGUUGGAACAGUAGAAACAGUGACCCAGGAAAAGGUAGUGGCCCCCCAGGUCCCUGCUGAGAAGAGUGUAAACGAAGGCACUGAUAACCGAGACGCGAGUGAAGAAACAGAGGACGAGCAACAGAAAGUUAACGGAGAGGUGGCUCAUGUUGACAUUGAUGUUUUGCCACAGAUUAUUUGUUGUUCGGAGCCACCAGUGGUAAAAACAGAGAUGGUAACAAUUUCUGAUGCCUCACAAAGGACAGAAAUCUCCACCAAGGAAGUCCCUAUUGUCCAAACUGAGACCAAAACCAUCACAUAUGAGUCUCCACAGAUUGAUGGCGGGGCUGGUGGUGACUCAGGCACGUUACUGACCGCACACACCAUCACAUCUGAUUCUGUGUCGACAACGACAACCACACACAUCACCAAGACUGUAAAAGGUGGAAUAUCGGAAACAAGAAUUGAGAAAUGCAUUGUGAUCACGGGAGAUGCAGAUACUGAUCACGACCAGGCGCUCGCCCAGGCCAUCAGGGAAGCCAGGGAGCAGCACCCCGACAUGUCGGUCACGAGGGUGGUGGUACAUAAAGAAACCGAGUUGGAGGAGGGGGAAGACUAAGAAAUUCAUUUUAUAGACAACAUUCAACUUUGUGAACCUGAAGAAUUUUGACCAUUCCAAGUCUUAAUGCCACACCACUGCUCCAGCGAAUUUAUACUAUGACUGGUAACAAUGGCCAGAAGCCUGAAGAAUUAAAAUGCCAACACCAAACCUUACCUUAACAGCUCUGGUCUAUACCAUUCCCUCACAUUUUAAUAUAUUAUUUUGUUUUAUAACCACUUCUAAAUAUUCUUGGUUAUUUCUUUUCUUUCUUUUUUCUUUUUUAGUUAGAGAGUUUUGUUUUUUUGUUUCCUGUUUACUCUGUGUACAACUACCUGCUUUUUG